UUCUUGUGCACAAAACACAGAUUACUAUAAAGAAUACAACAUUUUUAUUGUUGCAAUUUGGUGGUUAUUAUCGUCAAGAAGUCGAUUACAAUCAACUUUGAAUCAAGGAUUAUAGUUUUUAUCAAAAAACUAAGGCGAUUGAUCAUAAUAUGGAUUUUGAUUUUCAAAAUUUGGAGAAGCAAUGUCGCUUCUGCUUGAAACUCAUUUCUAUUGAUGAUUAUUAUGAAGAAGUAUUUUCUGAAGGAUUAAUUACUGGGAUACUAAAGGAAAAAAUGACGAAAUGCUUUGAUAUGAAGAAAAUGAAUUUCGAAGAAAGAUUACCCAAUAAAAUUUGCUCAUCAUGUGUGAAAAAACUUGAUGAGUUUUACAUAUUCAGUUCUGAAUUCGAAAUCAAUCAAGAAAAACUUGAACAAAGCUCUAUAAAGACAGGAUUGUUGAUAGAAAAUAUUAAUUCAGAGCAAGAGCGAGACCACAGUACAGCGGCAAGUGGGAUGCAAUCCGGCCAUAAACAACUGGUACUCAAACAACACGUCUUCAUAACAGAAAAAUUGAAGGUCUUAGCUAUUAAAGAGGAAAAUUAUGAAAAGGUUGCUUCAAAUACCUUGACGGAAGUUAUCGAACGCAUUCAGAAUUCUUCAGACGUUCUUGUAAGUGUACAUAAUUUUUUGCCGUUUAAUAUAAAAUUGAUAUAG